CAUGUACAAUAUAAUAAUUAAUCACUAAAAGUGAUUUUCUUUUUCUGUGUAUGAAACAAUUUCUUCCACAUUCCAUCCUUGUGAAAAUGGCCUUCAGAAUGAGAUAUUUGAAAUCCAUGACGAAUGCCUUCGUGACGAAUCGAUCAUUUGCUUCUUCUACUGCUCCAAGAUUUUCCUCUAGGGGUGGUUUUACCUAUGUCAACCCUAAGAAGUUGUCAAUGACCAAUGGGGAUAUGGCACCAGUGUAUGUAUUGGGUGGAACAUUAUCACUGGCAAUAGGACUAUGCAUUUUCACAAUGAAACAACAAUUAUUUCAUGGUCCUGGAGUUUUUGUUACCAAAAAAAAGAGAGAAAAUAUUGCUGAAGUUGAUUUUCCAGAUGCAAUGGCUAGUUCUGGUACUAAGUAUAUUGACAAAUCUGUCUUGAGGAAAUUUGGAAGAAUUCAAGAUCCUAUUAAUUCUCAAUAUGAUAUUGAUCCUUACACAAGGCCAAGAAAAAUUGAGUCCUUGAAAUCAGUUGGAGUUUGAGAGCCCAUUGUGAAAAUAGAUUUCCGUUUUUCCUAAUUUAGUUUUAUUUACUUCCAUGGCACAAUAAAUUAUUUGUUGUUAAUAAAAUGCCACAAAUUUGAGGAGAAUAGUUUUUUUUUUACUUCAAUAGAUUCCUUUUUUUAUUUUUAUUUCAUUCAAUUAAGCAUGUAUUUCAAUUUUUUACUUGAAAUUGUGGGCUCCGUUUUACGUUUGCAA